CGUAUGGAAGGCGAUAACCAAUAUAAGGUGAUCAUUGUUGGAGCCGGACCAUCGGGGCUAGCAAUGGCGGCAUGUCUUAACUUUCUUUCGAUUCCAAACGUUAUAUUGGAAAGAGAAGACUGUUUUGCUCCAUUGUGGCAGAAGAAAACAUACAAUCGCCUUAAACUCCAUCUUGCUAAGCCAUUUUGCGAACUUCCUCACAUGCCAUUCCCGAAGUCUUACCCUACUUUUGUUCCUAAGAAUCAAUUCGUUCAAUACUUGGAUGACUAUGUUAAUCACUUCGGAAUUACUCCAAGGUAUAACAGAUUCGUAGAGUUAGUUAACUAUGUCGAAGAGACCAAGAAAUGGAACAUCAAGGCGAGAAACAUCAACUCGGAAGAGGUGGAAGAAUAUAGUUGUGACUUUCUUGUUGUGGCAUCGAGAGAGACAAGUGACUCGUUCAUUCCGAAUGUGGAGGGACUAGAAACAUUCACCGGAGAAGUGAUUCACACCACUCAAUACAAGUAUGGUGGUAGAUUUGAAGGAAAGAAUGUGUUGGUUGUGGGAUCUGGAAAUUCCGGCAUGGAAAUCGCUCUUGAUCUUUCUAAUUAUGGUGCCAAGACUUCCAUUGCCAUAAGAAGCGAGACACAUUUAUUAUCGAGGACAAUUGUAAAUUUGGGAUUGUAUCUAAUGAAAUACAUGUCAGUGUAUUGGGUGGACUCGAUUAUGAUUAUGUUGAGCAAACUUAAAUAUGGAAGAGAUUUAACCAAAUAUGGAAUCAAAAGACCACAAGAGGGACCUUUUUUCUUGAAAGUCAAGUAUGGAAAGUAUCCCGUCAUUGAUGUUGGUACAGUCGAGAAGAUCAAGUCCGGCGAAAUCCAGGUUUUACCUGGAAUGGUUGAUAUUAAGGCAGAUGAAGUGUCAUUUAAUAAUGGGAAAUCAUAUUCAUUUGAUGUAAUUGUUUUUGCAACUGGGUUCAAGAGAUCGACUAACAAAUGGCUUAAGGGAGAUGAUUACCUUAUGAACGAGGAUGGAUUUCCAAAACCGAGUUUCCCAAAUCAUUGGAAGGGUCAAAAAGGGCUAUAUUGUGUUGGAUUUUCUAGGAGGGGUCUUUAUGGAGCUUCAAUGGAUGCAGUAAACGUUGCUAAUGAAAUCAACGCUAUUCUUACCGGCUAA